AUGAGUAAGACCCCAAAGGGAAAGACCUUUAUCUCCCACCGUAUCCACCAGUCACUCCCCCCACGGCUGGGAUGGGGCAUGGUUUUCUGCUCCGUGAAAGCACAAAGCCAGGAUGCGUGUGCCUCGGUGGCCAGUGUGCCUCCAGUCUUCAACUUUGGUCGGCGACACUGUGCACACCUCAAGAACCAGUAUUUGAAAAAGGCUGCUGCAAACCUCACCUUCUCUCAGGAGGUGGUACAGCAGCGAGGACUGUCCAGCAUUCCUUACAGCCAGUACAACUUUGACCACCUCUACAAUGCAGACAGCAUCAUCCAGCCACCCAGGAUCCGGAAGACUCAACCUGAAAAACCUGUCCGCGUCAAGUUCUUCGAUUCCUCGGGUCCCUCAGCAGAGGUCACCUCCCAGGCUGUGAAGACAGAAAACAUUGCCAAUCUUAAAAAAAAGAAGGUGAAGAAAUCAGAGUUAGCAAGUACAAACCAGGAAAAACCUCACCCUCACAUCUGUCAUUCCUGUAGGGAACCAUCUCUGGUGGGUCUGCCACUUUGUCCAGAUGUGGACCUUGGAGAGAGGGAAGCCUGGCUCCCGCCUCCUGAGAAGGAGGCCAGAGCCUGGGAGGCUCUCAUGCUGCAAAGGCUGAACAAGCGCACAGCGCGGUGGAUCAUGAACAAGCGUCCUCUACGGCCCGGAGUACCCCCCAGCAAGUGGCAGAGCUUUCUGCAUCAGCAGUAUGACUGGAGCCAUAUUCGGGAUGAGCUCACCUCCGCCAGUGACCUGGAACUCCUGGAUAAGCUGGAGGCAGAAGAGGCAGCAGAAUUGGAGGGUGAAAGUAUCAUUCCGUCCACGCAGGAGAAAGAGAAGCCAGAGUUGCUGCUUCCUGCUUACUACAGAUUGCCUGGUUACUUGCCACAAGAGCAGAUAGGUGACAUGGUGCUUGGCAACAAUAUGACUGCUGAGGAUGUCAGUGGAAAAAUGAGUAACUAUGAGCCCCCAUACCAGAACCAUUUCCGACAGGUGAAUCCCCGAGCUGGGAAGUUUGCCUACUCCACGGACAACGCCUUUGAACAAGAGAUUUACUUUGACAAUGUCCACAUCAUCCAGAAAGCUGGUGCGAAGAAAAACCAAAUUUUCCUGGAAAACUUCAACCAGUACAACAAGCAACUACGUAAGGUCUUCCCUGAAAUGCCAGAAAAGUGGAGUUCCCAGCCAAUUCCUGAAGCACCCUGCAGGCCCAUGAAAGGAGCUAUACGCUGGGCUGCUCUGCCCAUCCCGGACAAGAGUCUGCUGCUGCAGGUGGGUGAGAAGGACACAUACACUAAGGCCAGGAGACAGCGGAAGCAGGCAAAAUCACUGAAGGAGACUGUCACCUGGGAACUGGUGGUCCUGCAGAGGAUGCUGAAGGAAUGGAAGACUGCGUGGUCUCUGAUCAUUGAGUGGCACCACGAGACAGUGGAGGGCCUGCAACGGAGCUUGACAGGCAUGCAUGACGACAUUCGUAUCCAAGCCAUCAUCACAUGUGCCACAGCAGCUUUGGAGCAGGCCCAUCUUGCCACCAGUCAGGAGGACUCAGAUCUGGACACUGUGAAAAACCCACCUAUCCAGGACUUGCCAGAGGUUCUGCAACCCGCUCUGAAGGCUGCGCUGUGUGACAAGAAUGUCAACGUGCAGAUGGCGGCAGCAUUGUGUCAAUAUGCCAUACAGUCACACAAUCCCCUUGCACGGGACAUCAUGCAGACUGCCCUUUUGAAGGGCAAUACUGUAGACAGCUGGGCUGCAGCUCAGUGCUUGGCUCUGGACGGUGAUGCUACUUACCCAGUGAUUAAGCGGAUCCUCAACCAGCUGUUUGACAAAAAGGACAAGGACACUGAAGACCAGUCUUGCAUCCUCCUAAGUCAUCUUAGCAGCAAGACGACCCUGAUCCACACUAUGCUUGCCGUGGAGCUGAACAGCCGUCAGUGGACAGACCGGAUUGUAGCCUGCCGGGCCCUGUCUCGGAUCAGUGGAAAUGUCAGUAUGGAUAUGAAACAGAAGUUGAUUGAACUGAUGUGGAGCGACUGGAAUAAAAAAGUGAGGCACGCAGCUGCCCAUGCUCUGGGGCAAAUGAGCCUUGGGAAAGAGGUGCAUGACAAGAUCAGAGUCAAGCUGGGUCAAGGAACUUCCCAGGAGCGUGUGGAGGCGCUCUCACUGAUUGGUGGGCUCCAGCUCAUGACGGCCAAGCUUCUCCCAAACUUCCUCAACUGCUUCUCCGAUGAUUUUGUGGCAGUGAGGCAGGAAGCCUGUUUGGCAGCUGGUGCCCUGCAGAUCCAUGACAAAAUGGUGCUGGAAUGCCUCCUGGAUCUGAUGCAGAGAGAUCCCUCCUGGAAAAUCAAGGCCUUUGCCAUUCGAGCUUUGGGACAGAUUGGUCAAGUAAGUCCCCAGCUGACAGAUCUCCUGCUCUGGGCUAUCCACUAUGAAGAAUCCCCAGCUGUACGACUGGAAGCCUGCCGUAGCAUACUAGCUCUCAAACUUCAGGGGAACCGGGUCAGGGACACGUUCCUAGACGUCCUCCUCCUGGAGAAUCACGAUGCUGUUCUAAAGGAAAUUGACCAGGCAAUGAAGAUACUCAAUUUAGAAAAUGAAGGAAACCAAGAAAUGCUUCAGGAGAUCAAGAACAGGAUUCAUACACUAAGCCAAAAGGACUUGCUAGCGCAGAAAAUAUUCAAAAUCGAGGUGGUCAUUAGAAAAGUGAAGGAGGAAGCCAAACGUAUUUACUUGCAACCGAAAGAGGGACAAAAACCAUUACAACUUAGUACUCUUCUCCAAGAAACUUUUCAGGAUGAGCUGGUUAAUCUUAGAAGACCAUCUGAGGUUUGUGACACUGAAGCAAUCAUACAGGAAGGUGCUGGUGGUCGGUGA